AUGGCGACCGGUGGAAACACAGAAACAGUUCGGAGAAGUUUGGACCACUCGUUUCACGCUAACACCGUUCUGUGCGCUCUGAACGAGCAGAGAAUCCAGGAGAAGUUCUGCGAUGUAGUUCUGGAAGUAGAGGGGCGGAAGAUCCCGGCUCACCGUAACGUCCUGGCCGCCUGUAGCCCCUACUUUGACGCCAUGUUCGGUGGAAACUUGGCCGAAAGUCGCAGCAGUCAGGUGACACUGACUGAGGUCAGCCCUGAAGCAGUGAGUAAAGUCAUUGAGUACAUGUACAAGGGACAAGUUCAGGUGGACCCAAAACAUGCAGAAGAACUGCUUCAUGUAUCUGACCUCUUCCUUAUAACAGAACUAAAGCUAGAAUGCCAGGAUAUCCUCCAGAACAUGCUGGACUCCAACGAUGCCGUCCAGUGCCUUCGAAUCCGAAAUCUGGCAAAGAUUUACAACAUGACAACGCUGGAAGAGAAGGCCAUGACUUUUGUACGCCAAAACUUCAGUGAGAUCGCGAAGAGAGAGGACAUCCUACAAACAUCUAUUGAAGACAUGCGAACACUCUUGUCCGACGACCACCUACAAGUCGAAAGCGAAGAGUCCAUCCUUGAACUUAUUCUACGAUGGAUUCAAUCUGACAAAACUAACCGGGAACAGUACCUUACUGAGCUAGUCAAACUUGUUCGGUAUGGCGACGUCAACAAAGACUUCCUGUCAAAAGUCAGGAUGGAGGACUUGGUACGUGAGAGUGAAGAAUGCCAACUGCUUAUUGACGACAUCAUGUCCAAGUUCAGAACUGAACUAGAGGCAAUCCCUGGUAUGAAGACAAGAGGGGGGAGGUUGAAGGAAGUUUUGAUGAUGGCUGGUGGUUAUCUCACCUCAGCUGCGGUGAGGUUUCCGAUACAGUACAGCCAGGCGUAUGUAAUAGAAGAAGGGAAAUGGAUGGGCCUUCCUCGGCUGCCCUCUGCACAAGGUGCUUACGGUAUUGCUGCAUGCCACAGACAAGCUUAUUCAGUCGGAGGUCUGUUUGCUAGACCAGUCGGAUCCAGAACCACAGCUAUAGUCAGCAGUGUUAAAGCUUAUCGUUACGACUCGUUGUCUAAUACGUGGACACAGGUGGCAGAUAUGAAUGCGCCAAGGGCGUAUCCGGGGGUGGCGGCUUGUGGGGGGUAUGUGUACGCUAUCGGGGGGCUGAGUUCUGGGGGGCUUCAUCGUAACAACACCGUGGAGAGAUACAGCCCCAAAGAGGACCAAUGGCAGCAUGUCGCAUCCAUGAACAGUGCUCGCUUCAGUGUGGCGACUGUUGUCAAGGAUGAUCGGUAUAUCUACUGCAUCAGUGGGAAGGAGACCGCAGUGACCACCAGUCAGUCAGUAGAAGUGUACGACACCGAGACUAACAGAUGGAGAUGUCUACCCCGUGCACCAAUCACGUUCGAGGAGGUACCCUUCGCAGAAGUCCACCCCGGGGAUGGUAUGAUCCACGUCUACAGUAUCGGCCAAUCAGAGUGUGUUUUUGACCCCAAGAGCGAACUGUGGACAGUCGUAUCGGAUGGUCCAAUUCCACAUCUUCCUGACAGUUCAGUUAGAAGGAAGGCGGCUGUACACGUUGAAAAGGGAGUGAUUCACGUGUGGGGAGGGCAUGACAGAAACAACAGCAACACAAUAUAUUCCAAUGGGUUUGUGUAUAGAGAUGGAACAUGGACAGCUAUGAAUGCUGGUGGGAUCGCUACCAUGUCAGCAGCCUUCUGCAAGCUCAAACUACCAGUAGAGUUUCUGAGAGGACUACAUGGCAAACAGUGAAGAUGACAGUUUUUUACAUGACUUACAAAUUCAUGCAUCUUUUUACUUUCGGGUCUGGAAGUAUUGAUUAUUUUGGGUGGCUGAGCUGAGACUUUGUGUACCUGUUUGUCUGAACAGAGUAGGUUGACAGCACAUAUGGCAGGGGAAUGAUUGACAGGCAACAGGACAGAGUAAAAAGGUCAGACACAGGAUGUGGGGGGGGGUCAUGAAUGGCUUAGAAUCUGUCCUGGAGCAAGCAUGAAGUUGUGGUUGGCAGGGGGGAAUUCAGGAAGCUGAGUCUUCUAUACCUGAAGUUGGAGGAGGUUAAUUAUGAGGGUUUUUUUUUGCUUCAGGCAAACACUAAAUCAAGCAAUUCCGCUACCCAAAUAAACAUUACCAUUGUACAGUAACUGCUUUAUUACAUUCCACUUUUUAAAGACUUACUACCAUUAUACAGUUACUGUUUAAUUACAUUCCAGUCUUUUUUUUUCAAGAUUUACUACCAUUGUACAGUUCACUGCUUCAUUACAGACCAGUCAAUUUUUCCAAAUUUACUACCACUGUACUUUUUUAUUACAUUUCAGUUGCUAUUUGAUAUUUUACCACCAUUGUACAGUUAUUUUUUUAUAACAUUCAAGUUGCUAUUUUAAAAUUUCCGACCAUCGCACAUCACUCCAGUCAUGUUUCCUUACAUUCCUGUCAAUUUUUCAAAAUUUACUACCAUUGUACAGUUACUGUUCCAUUACUUUCCGGUCACUUAGGCCACACCAAUUUAAUUUGU